UCGUCUAGGGCUUUUAGCCUUUUAGAACUACGCUUGAGGAAGAAGGAACGGUGGGAAUAGAUGCCACUCGGGAAGUACCACUGCGACUACUGCGAUAAGCAGUUCCAAGACACGCCGGGCGCCCGCAAGCGCCACCUCCAGGGCCUCAGCCACCAGCGCGCCCGCGCCCUUUGGUACGACUCCUUCAAAGAGCCGCAUGGAGUAUCUCCUCUUUUCCAGCCUGAUGGAAGCCUGGCUAAGGGGGUUUGCCACCACUUUGUCCGAUCUGGGGUUUGCAAGUAUGGGGACGCAUGCAAGUAUUUUCACCCGAAGCAGGAUUCGCUCAAUCCCGCACGUUACGUGACAGAGCUGAGCUACCACCCAGACAUGCUACCAUUUCAGAAUAGUUCGGUUACUAAUUUUCAAUUAAGGGAGAAUUUAUCAGGCACAUCAACUAUCAUGAAUCAGGCAGGAAUUUCCUGGGGUAACUUGCCUCCAUCAUUGAGACCACCACCUCCAGAUGGUGGCCAGCCUCUUCCGUUUGUUGAUUGGGGAUAAAUCUUGUAGGGAAUAUUUGAGGUGGCCUGGAAAUAUGAAGGCUUUUUCUUUGUAUGCAUUUAUGCAACUACGGGCAGUUCGCAAACUCCUUUUUAGCUUGCAUAAAAUAUUUUCCAAGAAGAUAUAAAAUUAUACUCAAAUGAAAUCUUUAGCUGACUAAGACCAUAUGGAAUGGUAGACUUACUCACCAAGACUCAAA